CCGUUUUAGGAAUUCUGCUUGUUCAGUGUAGCUAUGGCUAGGUUUUCGGAUAGAAAGAGGUUUUAAAAGAUGUUAAUUGAAGAAGAAUGUUAGAAUGGAUAUGUGGACAAGGCAGGUACUGAUUUUUUAGCCUGGUGAACAAGAAAUGGAAUCUUCAGAGAUCCAGUGUGGUGUGUGUGGUCUGGAGUGUGACGAACCCAGUGAGCUGUGGACCCAUUUACAGUCCCAUACAGCUAGUCAGUUAAAUGAGUGCAGCAUUUGUGGGGAGUGGUUUAGUAGUUUGAUUGAUGUGUGGACACACCUUAAUACCCACACCCCUGAGGAACUUCAAAAUGGCAUGAAUUCUAAAUCUGGAUCAGUCACAGAUGAAUCUAGCAUCCGUGACCCUAACCUGUUGUGGAAAUACCUCACAAAAAGUGCAUCUAGUCAAUCAUAUAGGUGUCAAGUUUGUGGGAAACGAUUCAGUAACUCUGGAAAUCUGAAAAGUCAUACAAGAAUCCACACGGGAGAAAAUCCAUAUACGUGUGGGAUUUGUGGAAAGGAAUUCAGGGUAGCCUGUAAUUUAAAAGUUCACAUUCUUAUACAUACUGGAGAGAAACCACAUCAGUGUUCUGUAUGUGGUAAGGAAUUCACACAAAGUACGAGUUUGGCAACACAUAUGAAAGUCCAUACAGGUGAAAAACCUUUUAAAUGUGAUGUGUGUUUAAAGUCGUUUUCACAGUCCAGCAGUUUACACAUGCACACUAAGACACACACAGGUGAAAAACCUUUUGCAUGCACACUUUGUGAUAAAACAUUUGCAACAUCCAGUAAUCAGCAGAGACAUAUCCGAUCACAUUCCGGACAGAAACUACACAAAUGCGAAAUUUGUGGGAAGUCUUUUACGGAGGCAUGUAGUCUACAAACGCAUCGUUACAUUCAUAGUGGAGAAAAACCUUUCAAAUGCGACGUUUGCAGAAAAUGUUUCACACAAGCUGGAAGUUUAAGAUUGCAUCAUAAAAUACACACAGGAGAAAAAAAGCAUGUGUGUGAUAUAUGUGGAAAAGGCUUCACCCAAGCCAACACGCUUCGUAUUCAUGAAAAGGCUCAUAUUGUCGGACUGGAAAGACCUUUCAAAUGUAAUGUCUGCGAGAAAGACUUCACAAAAUCUUGGACUUUGAAGAUGCACAUGAAGACUCAUACUGGAGAAAAGCCUUUCCACUGUGAAACCUGUGGACUUUUGUUCACUCGGAAAGGAAAUCUUGAUUGUCACAUGAAAAUACACAAGAAGGAGAGAGAGCAUGUCUGUAGUGUUUGUGGUAAAUCGUUUUUCCAGUCAAAUGGUUUAAAGAUGCAUAUGUCAGUACAUACUGGGGUUAAACCACACCAAUGUGGUUUCUGUGAGAAAGGGUAUAUGCGACGAGAGGACUUGAAAAAGCAUGUUCAAAGACAUCAGAAUAGUUCAGCAACUGACAUAGUGAUGAUGAUCACAUAAAGUGUGUGUAAAUUUCGCUUACCCUGGACAGGUGUAUCCUCCCUUUUACCGGACCGGUGUGAGAUUUCCUUGUCUCACCC